AUGAGUGAAGAGCACAAGUCCAUGGGCGAGAAGCUAAAGGAGGGCGUGCACAAGCUCGCAGUCGCAGCGGCUAUCGAGCCGCCCACGGAACGUGAGCUACAAGAAGACAUCACGGACGCACGCAUCAAGGGAGAUGACAGCAAGGUAGCCAAGCUCAAAUCACGGCUCGCGUCUUCACAUCAGGACGCCUCGACGGGGCCAGAGGUCGCGGACGCUUGA